CUCAUCGUCGCGGUUUGGUCAUUGACACGGUGGUCUAUAACAUAACAUACAUAAAGACCCAGGAACGAGCUUUUCCCUUCUAUUUGGUUUGCCUAUAGGUUACAGGGGACCAACCCGCAGUUUGUUACUGCUUUAAAACAUGUCAUCUCCGGAACCAGCGCAAACAGCACCCAAAGCCUCAAAAAACAAAAUCAAAGAGACUUCAAAGAAAAAGUCAAAAUCGCAGCUAGUCACUGUCACCGAUCAUGGCAAAAACGAAGGAGAGAACCCGCACUGGGCUUACAAACCUCCGCCUGGUUAUAAGUCAUUCGACCAUGCAUUCGAGACCGAGACUUUCGACUGGGACUCCGUUCAAAAGGAUGAUGAUCUAGAAAUAUGGCUAAUACGUGUUCCAGACUCAGUCAACCCCAAAAAUCUUGACGGACUGGAGAUUGAUGCGCCCUCGUCCUCACGGAGCGGUCAGGUUGGUAGCUUGACGCGGAAGAGCGCUGUAUAUGAUAUAUGGUCGAUGGAUGACGAUGAUGCGGAUUUCGCUGGAGCAGAGGAACUGAGAGGACUGUCGUGUUUGCUUCCUCGAAAAAGAAAAAAGGGCAGGCUAUACAUAGCACCAAAAGAGAUUGCACGUCAUUUCGUUGUUUCAGCCCAGCCAUCAAGAGCGAGCCCUCCGGAGCACCCAUCCAUUCUGCACCAAAAUCCUCCUCGCCUCUCAUAUCCAAAAGAAUUACUCAAGCAUCAUUUCGUGCCGUAUGGAGCCAAGCUUCCAAUAAACAGCGAUCAUGCGAGUAUGGAUGCUGACGGCCAAGCGGAGGGCGGUGAUACUGGUCUUAGCUUUGGAGGGUCACCCCACAAGACAAAGGAGUCCAAGGUAAAGGAGUCGAAGAGUAGUAAACGUAAAGUUGAGGGUGAGACACUUCGUAAGAUAACGGUCAAAAAACCCAAAAUAGCAAAAUAGGAUUGAGGUUGUGAUCCGUGUCUUAGGUGUAAUGCUUCUGGAUAGUACAGGAGUAAUUAAUCGCGCAUGUAAUGUGGA